ACUCCACAUCCCACGCUGCUUUGAGUUUCGCGCGCAUGCUCCGUGCGCGCUGGAGAGGCGGCGAGUCAGUAAAAAUGACUGGAGGAGGGCUCUUAUCUCGGGGCGAAAUGAGAUAUUACGACCAUGAAUUGCGUUUUGUUUUCAUUAAAGUUGCAUUUUUGUCUUUUUUGAACGCUGGCUGUCCAGCUCCGGAGGACGUUUGGUAACAUUGAAGGAUUUCAAGGCAUUUUAACACUGUUUAUCUUCGCGUCGGAGACUCGGAACAGUGGCAGAGACACACCGCUAUCCGUUAGUGCAUUCCCUCUGCCACAAUGCCGCGGGACAACACAACUCCUCUUAUUCAGAAAAUAGCAAAGCAAGCCUACAUCACCUUUAAAGGCUUAACGUCGUCGGCUGACGGGGACAAUGAACUCGCCGCGGACCAGCAGAGUGAACUACUCUCCUUAGUGACCGCGGUCAGGGCUGCUGACCUGAAAAUUGCUCCCCGGAAAACCAAACCGAGCACCGGGGCAGCGGAGCUCCAGAGCCCCCCGGUCACCUACAUGCACAUCUGCGAGACGGAGGCGUUCAGCAUGGGGGUGUUCCUGCUGCGGACCGGCGCCUCCAUACCGCUACACGACCACCCGGGCAUGAACGGGAUGCUGAAGGUUCUCUACGGGAAGGUGAGCCUCCGCUGUCUUGACAAGCUGGAGGAUAACCUGACCGCCGGCACCGUCCCGCCUCACUUCGAGCCCCCGUUGGCUCCGUUCCAGACGGCCUCCCUGCGGCGCUCCAUGCUCCGCUCGGUCGCCGAGUACUCGGAGGAUAGCGGGCCGUGCCUACUCACCCCUCUCCGGGAAAACCUCCACCAGAUCGACACGGUGGAGGGGCCCUCCGCUUUCCUGGACAUCCUGGCACCUCCGUACAAUCCAGACGACGGACGGGACUGUCACUAUUACAAAGCUCUGCAAACUGUGGCAGAGGGGGGACCGGAUGGAAAGAGCGACGAGGAGCAGCAGAGAGAGGAGACGUGGCUGCUUGAAAUCCCACAACCAGAAGACUUCUGGUGUGGCGGGGAACCCUACCCAGGCCCUGCAGUCUCUUUCUGAGUGCAACCUCUGAUCAGAGGAACUAUACUGCAGUAUAUGACGGUAAUGACAUCGUGAUAUCCAUCUAUCUACAAGAGGAGACUUAGGAAAGUCAAACAUGACGGUCAUUAUUACCUGGAACUCAAAGGGAUUGGGUGCCUUGCUCGUGGGUGCUACAGCAGGGCUCUGACAUGCCCCACACAGAAUAAGCACAACAGCACAGCCUUCUACAAUACAUCGAUAAUGUUGUCGCUUGCAUUCCUAAUAUUUUUCUUCUCACCGUUAUGUUGCCUUAUACACACAUGAAUGUCAUUAGCCAAACAUUCUGUGAAUGCUGGGGUGUCAUUAGGACGUCUUAUCCUCCGUGUGGAAAGCCUUUUACACAUUAUUUUUUCCUCCACGUCGUGACAUGUCUCGAUGCCAAUGCGUGCAACUCAAGACGCACCUGCCUUAUUUGGAAUGUUUAGUUAUUAACAGUGUCAUUUUCUAAUGCACACCCUUUAUUUCUUCUUCCUAAGUGCACGUGCUAAUCUAUCUAUCUAUCUAUAUAUAUCUAUAUAU